AUGGAGCAGGCCACGAAGGAGCACUUUUAUAACCAUGGAAAGACAGCCAGCCCAGGCUGUCACUGGUGCCAAGUGCGCGCGCUUGGGCUCACCAUUGUGAACGAGGUGGAUAGAGAAUUUCUGCCUGCAAAUUUUGAAUUCAUCAAUGGCAUGGUUCUUGGGAAAGGGGUUGAGCCCGCAGAGGAUAGUUUCCGCAGCGGCUGCUCUUGUGCAGAUGAUGGCAAUUGCCAAUACACCAGCUGUCCCUGCCUAGCCGAUCUGGAAGACGACGACAUGGACGUGAACGAUGGCACCAGAAAAGCAUACGCAUACCAUACACACGGCGCAAAGGCGGGGUUUCUACGAUCCAGGCUGCUAGACUCGACUGUGCCUCUGUACGAAUGCCACAAAGGCUGUGCUUGUUCCAGUCAAUGCCCAAACAGAGUUGUCGAGCGUGGCCGCACCGUGCCACUACAAAUAUUCAAAACGGCCAACCGUGGAUGGGGAGUUCGCUCACAAGCCCCCAUCAAACGAGGCCAGUUUGUUGAUCGCUACCUUGGCGAGAUCAUCACUGCAAAGGAGGCCGACCGCCGCCGCGCAAACUCUUCAGUAUCCCAACAAAAAGACGUCUAUCUUUUCGCACUUGACAAGUUCACCGAUCCGCAUUCACUGGAUCCACGACUCAACAGCUCUCCACUGGAGGUGGACGGUGAGUUCAUGUCCGGGCCGACCCGCUUCAUCAACCACUCUUGUGAUCCCAACCUUCGCAUAUUUGCCCGCGUCGGUGACCAUGCAGACAAACAUAUUCACGAUCUUGCUCUGUUUGCCAUCAAAGACAUACAACGCGGAGAGGAGCUCACCUUUGAUUAUGUCAACGGCGUCGAUGAGGAACAAGAUGAGAUGGACGGUAAUGUGGAGGGCAUGACGAAAUGCCUUUGUGGAAGUGCAAUCUGCAGAAAGUUUCUUUGGUAA